AUGAGUACGCACGGGAUAGAGCUGGCUUCCAUGCCGCAGCUAGUCGAGGCGAUAAGGAAGGAAGAUGACUGGACUGGGACAAAAGAUGCUGCUGCGAGAAGAAGAGCGCAGACUAGACUCAACAUGAGAGCGUAUAGAAAACGUAAAGCUCUAGCGAAAAAAGCUGACGAUAUGUCACUCGUCAAGCAAGAGACGACUAUUGAUUUCUGGGAUAUCAAACAAGGACUCAUGUCGAGUGUUGCGGCAUCUAAUUCCAAGAAAGUAUACAACUCCAAAACGCCACUGCUGCCACAUGGAACAAAAAUUAACCAGUCAAAAAUCGUCUUCCCUCUCUGUCCAGACCAUCUCAUCACACUCCUCCAAUACAACGCCCUCCGCGCUCUAUCCGUCAACCGCACCCUAAUAUCAGGAAUUCUCUACACACCUCUCGAAUGCGAUCAGGAAGUCAUCCACGUAGUUCCCUACCCAUCAAACCCCUCGUCCGUUCCAGCCGCACUUCUCCCAACGAUUCUUCAACAGACGGUCCCUCAUGGAGACUGGGUUGAUUUAUUCCCCUCUCCAGAAGGCCGUGACAAUCUCAUUCGUGCUCUGGGGACUUUUGAUGAAGAUGAGCUCUGGGCUGACUGUAUUGGCGGGCUGUAUGAAGGAUAUCCGGAUGAUGAGAUGGAGAGAAGGGGUAUGAUCGCUUGGUCGCCGCCGUGGGAUAUUUCGGGGUGGGAGAUGUCGGAGGGUUUUGUUGAGAAAUGGGGUUGGUUGUUUAAAGGUUUAUCAGGGCCUUUUGAAGCGACGAAUCGAUGGAGGAUCAAAAGAGGUGAAGAGCCACUCUCUCACACGUCUUAG